GGCUUUGUGAGGUGAGCUACAAUAAGGCUUCCAACUGUUUUCCCAUACUACAUCACAACAUAUUUCAUGCUUUUUCACUGUCUCCAUAGAGGACAUUUGUUCUCCACAUAAACACAAUUUAAGAAACUGGUAGCAGACAUAGAGCAAUAUUAAGAAUAUUGCUGAAAAAAUGUUACCACUGUUUUACUGUGGUAAGUGUAACUGGCUGUUGUGAAUUAAGAGAGUGGGAAGUAUGGGUGGAGGGGAGGUGUCUGUGGCUAUUGAAUGUCUUGUUUUGCGUUUUCUUGCUACCAUAAUGCCAGAAAAUGCGCACUUAUCUGAGACUGAGCGGAAGGAAAUGAAUAGCUCUCCUACUUGACCUCACAGUAAGGCUCCUUCCCCUCAUUGGCUGGGGGCCUUGCUGUCUGGUGGCAGAUUAUCUUACUAGCCGACGCCACAGGGGCUCUACGGUGCUGUUGAUAGAAACAGUCUCAUCUUGCAGAACAUUAUGUCUUGAAACUAUUUCUGAUCACCCCAGAUUCAAUGCGCAGAGUCAAAUGAUAAAACGCAACACUGAAACCAGCUGCUGUCCAGUAUACAAUAGUAAGACAUAGCUUCAAAAAUCCUAUCUAUCAAUCACAUUUAGAAAAUGGCCGUAAUGGUGUAGCCAGGUAGUCUUUCACUCCACACAAUCCUUGCUGUGGCCAUGUGACUUCUGCCCCUGUCCAUCAUUGACCAGCUCUGGUGCUAUAUUUUUUUUGGUUGGCAAUUUGAUUUCUACCUAUGCCACAGUACAAAUGUAUUAAGCAGCAUCACAGACUGACCCUAACCCCAAAAUCACGUGAACCACAGUGCAAGUAGAGCAUGUCCUAUCUAGUGUACGCAGUCUGCCGUGGAAUGGUAAGAGCGGGGGCGCGUUUUCAAGAGGUCAUGUACAGCGUAGCGGGGACAGUCGCUCUCACCCAGUGUCUCCCCUGCAGGGUGGUCCCCUGCCACAUGGCCAAGCCCUGAAUGUGCGCAGCAGCAAACUUUGCACUCUCUCUGUGGGGGAACUGUGAGGUAAGUACACAACGAAGCCUGAGGCCCAUGACACAAUGCAGCAUGACAGCACAACCUGUCUCCUGAACAUGGUUAACAAAAUUUAUUGGCAGUGUGUCUGACAGCCCGAGACUUGCCAGAUUCCUGGGUGGGCCACUGCUGUUGAGCCCGUGGGCAAGUGCUUAGCCAAAAUUACCUCUGCAAACAUCCAGUUGCAUAAAUAGAAAACUAAAAUUAUGAGUAGCCCUCGAUUAAAGUGUCUGCAAAACACAAGUGAUGUAAAUGGCAAUAAUGAAAUUUUUGAGCAUUUCUCUAAGCUUGUUGUUCUCUGUGCUGGAGAAGUAAACAAAAAAUGACUGAAUCUUUAGCUGUUUGAUUGCUUGACACUCAAGACUGUGUAGGAAGUGACAGCAGCCUAGCUGUCACAGUUAUUGAUGGACAAAGCUGGCCUCCAGUGCACUGCCUCCUUCUCUUUGCCCAGGGAUUGGCUAACCCUGACAGACUCCAUGGGGGGGCGUCAAUGCCUGCACCUGCCUCUGGAGCCCUGCCACAUCAAACCCCACGGGAUGUAGAAAUGGACUUUACAUGGCAAGAGUUGAUGGCCAUCACAGAGCUCCAGGAUUUUGAAAUGCCUGGUGAGAGCCCUUUUGAUUCCACUGUGUGCCACGCCCAUGAUGCAUUUGGAAUAACCCCACCACCCACAGAGCUGCACCCUUUUGGCUGUGGUGCAAAUCCAGAGGUUGUUUUUGAUCAGCCAUAUACUGAGGUAACGGUAGGAGGGAUACAGGCUUGUCAGCGCACAGGCACAGACGUGGAGGACCUGUGUGAGCAUUUGGGUACAGGGAUGGGCUCCAGUUUGCUCAACAACCCACCAGUCCAGCCACCAUUGCUGGGCCCACUUGAACACAUAAGUUUGGGGGACCCUAAAACAGAUGGUAAGGGCAACUCUCAAUGUCAGAAAUGUCCAAUGCUGGGACAAUGCCUGAGGUCAAGUACACAUAAAAAAGCUACUGAUGACCUGGGGUCUGGCUUGAGCCUGUCCACUGGUUCAAGCUCUACCCUGCUGAGUAACGCAGUGACAUUUGAACCUGCCUGUCUGGGGCGAGAGGCUAGUCAGGGCUACAGUGAUGAUGAGCCACUGAAGAUGGACACCAUGGUAGAGCAAAGCAGCAUGAGGGUUAACCAGUACUACCAGCAACCAGGAAAUCUGUAUCCCUACCCAGUACAACCCCAUUCUUACUUUCUGAACCCACAUAGCCCCCCACAGAUACAGCAAGGGCUGCAACUGCACCAGAUCUUCCCCCCAGCCAAAAAUGGAUUCCACCUGGAUAGUACCAUCCUACCCCAGAGUGCGCCCCACACGGAGGCUUUCAUUAAACCGAGGGCAGCACCCACCCCUCAAACAGGGGCAGAACCAAUGGGCCGGGACGAGAGGCAGGCGCUGGCGCUGCACAUCCCCUUCCCGCUUGAGCAGAUCAUCAACCUGCCGGUGGACGACUUUAAUGAACUCCUGGCCCGGCACGCACUCAAUGAACCCCAGCUGGCGCUGGUCCGAGAUAUCCGCCGGCGUGGCAAGAACAAGGUGGCCGCUCAGAACUGCCGCAAGCGCAAGCUGGAGAGCAUCGUCCUCCUGGAGGAUGAGCUAGGCCGGCUGCGAGUGCGGCACGAGCAGCUGGCACGGGAGCACGUUGACUUCCAGAGCAGUCUGGCACUAGCCAGGUGCAGGCUUUCAGAGCUCUGCACCAAGGUGUCCUCCUGGCUGCAGGACCACGACAGGUGCCCCUACUCCAUGGACCAUUUCUCCUUCCAACACACAGGCGAUGGAAGUGUCCACCUAGGGCCAUGUGGUGUUGGUGACUAAAGGGAAUGACAUUUCAGGUGGCAAAAGCCAACCAUUUACAACAGAGAACACAAAUAUCUGAAUGAACACUUUCCACCACUUUUCUGCCAGUCAAACCAGAGAUCCCUGAAAAGUGCCAGAAGCUCCACUAUAGGGUACUACUUUACAACAUCUCCAUUACAAAGCCUGGAUUUCUUUAAAUUACCUAGUUUUCAAUUAAUAUUUGAACUUAGGAUAAAGUUAUUAAAAUUUUCAUUUGACUUGUCAAUUUGAGACACCCUUCACUGUAGUCAUGGCAGUGCUUUUACUAAAAGCAAUUGAAAAAAAGACAUCUGUAACAUGCUCCAAUCAUUGCCACCAUUUGGAAUGAAAUCAAGCAUAACUAGAUUUUAAGAAAAUCCGUUUUCAGGACGUGCUUGCCUGAAGUAUAUGCCUUUUUAAGAAUUCCCUCCAAAAAUUGCCUGACUUAUUGAUAACUCGCAUAAUUACAAUGGGGAAACAAGGUUUCUUGGAACAUGUAAAUAGUUUAUUUUCACCCAUAACUGCCAAUAUUUAAAGUUGCAUUAUUGAAUAGCAAAAAGAAGUAAUUGAUACAGCAGGUUGAAAUCUGAUUAUUUGUGAGCAACAGCAAGCACAGCUUCCGAAGGUUUUCCACUUCCUGGCUCAGAGUUCAAGCCAACAUGGUUUUACACUGUUUAAUUUACCAGCUUUAAUACUGAGUCAAGCACUUCCAGACUGAUGUCUUUGAUGUGUUAAUUUCCUCCUCCCCUGCAACAUGCACUCACCAGACCAGAUAAGAUGGAUCAUAUCAACUUAUCUCCGCAUUUUGUACAGAUUAACAACAACCUAUCACCCAAAACCAAAACCUUUCACAACCUUCAGUUGUGUACCUCCACCAUACAUGACAGAAGAGAAAGGACAUGAUCCAAGUCUUCAAUCUUGAACUACCAGAAGCACAAACCUUCAUGUAUCAUUUCAUUCUUCAAAUCUCCAUCUGUUAUACAGCAAACAAAUGAUGGCACCUGCUUCUUAAGCAUCAAGUAUAAUUGCACUGAGAAAAUAUGCAACCACUCAGGUAACCUUAAUGUGUUCAAAGGUACAGUGAAGAUUAAAGCUUUCCUUUCUGGCAUUUCUCCAUUCAGACAGUUUACUUGGGACUGUGCUUGCAGGCCCCAUGUGUGUUCAUGUGCAAAUGUGAUACAUGCACUCAUUUCUUAAAAAAAUACAUUUUAUUGCAAAAAUACAAAAAUACACCUAUCCAGUAGCUUCAUUGUGAAGUCCUCCAAUGUCUCAGAU